GGCCAACAUGCCUGUGCGCAGGGGGCAUGUGGCACCACAAAAUACAUUUCUGGGGACCAUCAUUCGGAAAUUUGAAGGGCAAAAUAAAAAAUUUAUCAUUGCAAAUGCCAGAGUGCAGAACUGUGCCAUCAUUUAUUGCAACGAUGGGUUCUGUGAGAUGACUGGUUUCUCCAGGCCAGAUGUCAUGCAAAAGCCAUGCACCUGCGACUUUCUCCAUGGACCCGAGACCAAGAGGCAUGAUAUUGCCCAAAUUGCCCAGGCAUUGCUGGGGUCAGAAGAGAGGAAAGUGGAGGUCACCUACUAUCACAAAAAUGGGUCCACUUUUAUUUGUAACACUCACAUAAUUCCAGUGAAAAACCAAGAGGGCGUGGCUAUGAUGUUCAUCAUUAAUUUUGAAUAUGUGACGGAUAAUGAAAACGCUGCCACCCCAGAGAGGGUAAACCCAAUAUUACCAAUCAAAACUAUAAACCGGAAAUUUUUUGGGUUCAAAUUCCCUGGUCUGAGAGUUCUCACUUACAGAAAGCAGUCCUUACCACAAGAAGACCCUGAUGUGGUGGUCAUCGAUUCAUCUAAACACAGUGAUGAUUCAGUAGCCAUGAAGCAUUUUAAGUCUCCUACAAAAGAAAGCUGCAGCCCCUCUGAAGCAGAUGACACAAAAGCUUUGAUACAGCCCAGCAAAUGUUCUCCCUUGGUGAAUAUAUCCGGACCUCUUGACCAUUCCUCUCCCAAAAGGCAAUGGGACCGACUCUACCCUGACAUGCUGCAGUCAAGUUCCCAGCUGUCCCAUUCCAGAUCAAGGGAAAGCUUAUGUAGUAUACGGAGAGCAUCUUCGGUCCAUGAUAUAGAAGGAUUCGGCGUCCACCCCAAGAACAUAUUUAGAGACCGACAUGCCAGCGAAGACAAUGGUCGCAAUGUCAAAGGGCCUUUUAAUCAUAUCAAGUCAAGCCUCCUGGGAUCCACAUCAGAUUCAAACCUCAACAAAUACAGCACCAUUAACAAGAUUCCACAGCUCACUCUGAAUUUUUCAGAGGUCAAAACUGAGAAAAAGAAUUCAUCACCUCCUUCUUCAGAUAAAACCAUUAUUGCACCCAAGGUUAAAGAUCGAACACACAAUGUGACCGAGAAAGUGACCCAGGUUCUCUCUUUAGGAGCAGAUGUCCUACCUGAAUACAAACUGCAGACACCACGCAUCAACAAGUUUACGAUAUUGCACUACAGCCCUUUCAAGGCAGUCUGGGACUGGCUUAUCCUGCUGUUGGUCAUAUACACUGCUAUAUUUACUCCCUACUCUGCAGCCUUCCUCCUCAAUGACAGAGAAGAACAGAAAAGACGAGAAUGUGGCUAUUCUUGUAGCCCUUUGAAUGUGGUAGACUUGAUUGUGGAUAUUAUGUUUAUCAUAGAUAUUUUAAUAAACUUCAGAACAACAUAUGUAAAUCAGAAUGAAGAAGUGGUAAGUGAUCCCGCCAAAAUAGCAAUACACUACUUCAAAGGCUGGUUCCUGAUUGACAUGGUUGCAGCAAUUCCUUUUGACUUGCUGAUUUUUGGAUCAGGUUCUGAUGAGACAACAACAUUAAUUGGUCUUUUGAAGACUGCCCGACUCCUCCGUCUUGUGCGCGUGGCCAGGAAACUGGAUCGAUAUUCAGAAUAUGGCGCUGCUGUUCUAAUGCUCUUAAUGUGCAUCUUUGCCCUGAUUGCUCACUGGCUGGCUUGCAUUUGGUAUGCGAUUGGGAAUGUAGAAAGGCCUUACCUGACUGACAAAAUCGGAUGGUUGGAUUCCUUAGGACAACAAAUUGGGAAACGUUACAAUGACAGUGACUCAAGUUCUGGACCAUCCAUUAAAGACAAAUACGUCACAGCACUUUAUUUUACCUUCAGCAGUUUAACCAGUGUAGGAUUCGGGAAUGUGUCUCCUAACACGAAUUCGGAGAAAAUCUUUUCAAUUUGUGUCAUGUUGAUUGGCUCACUAAUGUAUGCAAGCAUUUUUGGGAAUGUAUCUGCAAUUAUCCAAAGACUAUACUCGGGAACUGCCAGGUACCACAUGCAGAUGCUGCGAGUAAAAGAGUUCAUUCGCUUUCACCAAAUCCCCAACCCUCUGAGGCAACGUCUUGAAGAAUAUUUCCAGCACGCAUGGACUUACACCAAUGGCAUUGACAUGAACAUGGUCCUAAAGGGUUUCCCAGAAUGCUUACAAGCAGACAUUUGUCUACAUCUCAACCAGACGUUGCUGCAAAACUGCAAAGCCUUUCGGGGGGCAAGUAAAGGUUGCCUUAGAGCUUUGGCAAUGAAGUUCAAAACCACCCAUGCACCUCCAGGAGACACCCUCGUUCACUGUGGGGAUGUCCUCACUGCACUUUAUUUCUUAUCCAGAGGCUCCAUUGAAAUUCUCAAAGAUGACAUUGUGGUGGCUAUUCUGGGAAAAAAUGAUAUAUUUGGAGAAAUGGUUCAUCUUUAUGCCAAACCUGGAAAGUCUAAUGCAGAUGUAAGAGCCCUCACAUACUGUGACUUGCAUAAGAUUCAGCGAGAAGACUUGUUAGAGGUUUUGGAUAUGUAUCCUGAGUUUUCUGAUCACUUUCUGACAAACCUAGAGUUGACUUUCAACCUAAGGCAUGAGAGUGCAAAGGCUGAUCUCCUACGAUCACAAUCCAUGAAUGAUUCAGAAGGAGACAACUGUAAACUAAGAAGAAGGAAAUUGUCAUUUGAAAGUGAAGGAGAGAAAGAAAACAGUACAAAUGAUCCUGAAGACUCUGCAGAUACCAUAAGACAUUAUCAGAGUUCCAAGAGACACUUUGAAGAGAAAAAAAGCAGAUCCUCAUCUUUCAUCUCCUCCAUUGAUGAUGAACAAAAGCCGCUCUUCUCAGGAAUAGUAGACUCUUCUCCAGGAAUAGGGAAAGCAUCUGGGCUCGAUUUUGAAGAAACAGUGCCCACGUCAGGAAGAAUGCACAUAGAUAAAAGAAGUCACUCUUGCAAAGAUAUCACUGACAUGCGAAGCUGGGAACGAGAAAAUGCACAUCCCCAGCCUGAAGACUCCAGUCCAUCUGCACUUCAGCGAGCUGCCUGGGGUAUCUCUGAAACCGAAAGCGACCUCACCUACGGGGAAGUGGAACAAAGAUUAGAUCUGCUCCAGGAGCAACUUAACAGGCUUGAAUCCCAAAUGACCACUGACAUCCAGACCAUCUUACAGUUGCUGCAGAAACAAACCACUGUGGUCCCCCCAGCCUACAGUAUGGUAACAGCAGGAGCAGAAUAUCAGAGACCCAUCAUCCAGCUGAUGAGAACCAGUCAACCGGAAGCAUCCAUCAAAACUGACCGAAGUUUCAGCCCUUCCUCACAAUGUCCUGAAUUUCUAGACCUUGAAAAAUCUAAACUUAAAUCCAAAGAAUCCCUUUCAAGUGGGGUGCAUCUGAACACAGCUUCAGAAGACAACUUGACUUCACUUUUAAAACAAGACAGUGAUCUCUCUUUAGAGCUUCACCUGCGGCAAAGAAAAACUUAUGUUCAUCCAAUUAGGCAUCCUUCUUUGCCAGAUUCAUCCCUAAGCACUGUAGGAAUCGUGGGUCUUCAUAGGCAUGUUUCUGAUCCUGGUCUUCCAGGGAAAUAAUCAUUUUGUACUAUUUACUCCACAUACAAUGUAAGUGCUUUUAAUGGCUGUUUUCCUUUUUCUAUUUAAAUCCUCUCUACUUGACUCAGGGGCUCACAAGGUACCAUUAUAUGCAAAAGUACUGUAUAUUUUCCUAAAUUGAAGCUUGUAAGGUAAAACUGAGCAGUUAGGAUGUAAAUAUACAUAAGAACUUUUGGUUCCAAAUGUUAAAACUGCCAGCAUCUCACGGCACCUUAUUUUUUUUUUUAUUUUUUAAAUCACAUGCAUGUUAGGAAACUCCAAUUUCUCUUGCAUGGAGACUCCUACUUACUGCUUUUACUAAACCAGUACUUUGUUAUGAAAAUGCCUUCCAUGCAAAUAAGAAACCAAGGGAUAAAACUGUUCAUGGAUGCAACUCAAAUUCAGAUGAUCCUCAACUCAUGGGAAUUCCAGGGGGAUAAAGGGAACUUAGUCACUUUUGCACACAGAUUCAGGUCUUUCUGUAUCAAGAUGUUCAAAGUUAAUUACGUUCAUUCCUCCACACUGGAAGAAAGAAUACAAAGUUUGAGUUGUAAACCUCUGACAGUAUAGGAAGCCAUAUCCAAAAACUAAACAUAGGCCAACAGUAAUGAGAACAAAGGUCUUUCUAUUUAAAAUUAUGUCACUAAUUGCAUUUACAAACCAUCUAAAGUAUUUUCCACUGGCACAUUUCCUAGAAGGCUUAAAAACAAAUUUCUCUCAUUUUGCUUUUUUUCUGGAGGCGGGGGAUGGUGUGGUCUCCUUAAGUACUGCUAAACUGUGAUUAACACAAACUGAUGUGAUUCACAUUUUAAAGCAAUCCUGAGUGGACAUACAGCCUGGGCAACAUGGCAAAACCCCACCUCUACAAAAAAUGCUUAAAAAUUAGCAGGGUGUGGUAAUUCACACCUGUAAACCCAGCUACUUGAGAGACUGAGGUGGGAGGAUGGGUUGAGCUUGGGAGGUCAAGAGUGCAGCAGGCCUUGAUCACACCACUGCACUCCUGCCUGACAAUACAGUAAGACCCUAUCUCAAAAAAUAAAUAAAAAAUAGUCGACACAGUUUUCAAAAAAUGUGCAAUUUCAGUGGAUUUGCAUGGCAAAACUAGUUUCCAUUAAGUAUAUGUUAUUCCAUGUCUAAUUGCAGCUGCGGGAAAGCAAUGGGCCUAGAAAGAAAAUGCACAUACCAGCAGUAAAAUUUCAGUUGUGUUUAGUUAUUCCAACACUUUUGCCAAUUGAAAAUUAAAUAAAAAUCUAUUAUACAUGGAUUGGAAUGAAUAUAUAUUGACCUGAGAAUAUCAGAACAUACAAUGAAAUAUAUCUUUCAAUUAAAAUAUCUUCAACUGUUAGAUUUUUUGUGGGGGGCAUAUGUAUCUCAUAAAAUUGGGGUAAAGAAAAACAUUACAAUUUAAGAUUCUGAUCAGUCAAGUUCUAGUUAAGAAAUGUUAUUUUUCAAUUCAAGUACAAUUUUAAAAUUAUGAACUCUGAUCCAUUAUAUCUUUUCUUGCUGAACAAAAAUAUUGAAAUUUAUUGAAAGUUUGUUAGUCCAUUAAGAACAUUUUUAUCAGUGCACAUUACUAAAUGGGUUAACUUCUAUCCCUUCAGGAUAUUCAAACUUUGACACUGAUCUGUUAAUCAGCUUCAAAUGCAAGCUAUUUCAAGUUACUAAAACUAUUGCAUUGUUUAAAAUGUGAUUAAAGUGACCUUAGAUUGCUCCCUAUAUAUUUUUAAAUGGUCACAUAAAUUGGUAAUCCAUGUGGAAGGCAAUCUGUAAGCAAAGGCAUGUUCUUAUUCCUGCUUAAUUUUUGAAAAACCAAAACACAAAUGUUCAAGUGCAUUAUUCAAAAUGACCAGUCAAUUCCAACAUAUACUAUUAUACAAAAGUGUAAUAAUUAUAACCAGCUUCCCAAACUAUUUGGUGUUAUGCAGAUACAAACUUAGGGGCUAACUGAUGCUUUCACUUCCUCACUCAACAAACAUUCAAUGGUGCCUAGCAGGGAAGAGAAAGUCCCAUAAAUGGCUAACUCUGAUUCAGAGGACUAUUUUGGGAUUUUAUUUCCACAUUGGACACAUUUUUGCAGCUGCAACAAAUUUCAUAAGGAUUGCCGGCCUAAGUUCAGGAACAUUCAGAAUGAAUUCACCAGAGAAUGUUCAUUUGUAGGGAGAGAGGAUUUGGCAGGUGAGGAAUGGAGAUCUGAUUGAUUAGUGAAUGCCUCAGCUGCAACAUUUGGUAUGACAUGCAUAAAAUCCAGCCUCCCACAUAAAACUUGUUUAUAUUUCUUUAUGAAACCUGAGCAUGAAGAAAUAGGAAGAUGGGGAAUGGCGUGCAAGCAUCCAGUUUAUUUAAAUUCUAGCACAACACAAACCUUUUUCUUAGUUCCUUGACAUCAUUGCUUAUAUUAAAAUCUUAACCCUCAGAGAGUUGAACAGGAUUAGGAAGGUCCCUUCCUACAUGAUAUUAGCUUAAAAAGAGACUGAGCAAUAUAAAGACGUGAUUAGUUGGGCAUAAAUGUCAGAAGACUCAAUGGCUAAAGUGACUUACAGAUGACCAAAGCAAUUAUCUUGAUGUACAAAAUUCAUCCCUUUCCCCAGCCAAAGAUCUAAUGCCUAAAUGUACCAUCAUCCCCCCGGUUGGCUAUUGCAAAAACAGUCUGACCUCUCCAUCUAGGGAUCAUGCCGAGAGCCAGGUUGAACUGCUGCAGCCAAUCAUAAUUGCAGUGUAGCAAAUGCUUUCCUUCUAGGUAAUUAGAAGCAGUAAUAUAACACCUUUUGCUCUCCUCCUAAAAAUAAUGUUACCUGGUCCCCUGGCCUAAAUAAAAUGUCAUUUAAAAUCUAAAGUUUAUUUGAAUCCAAUGAUCUCCUGCUGUUAUUAAUUGCUGGGCAAAGAGCUGAAACUUAGACUUAUCAUUCUCCCCCAUAGGGGAGUCACAUUAUUUAAUCAGUUGAGAAAACCAGGAAUAAGAAAUGAUGAAGCCAAAUUCUCAUGGGGUUUUUAAAUUAAUAAUCACUCAGUCAACAAACAUAGGAAGGCAGGGGGCAGAUUUGGGACAGAAUAGUUUCUUAAGUCCAUUAUAAUGUAUUGGUCAUCAGAGCACAACUAUCCUACUCUUCUAGUCAGGAAGUACGGGAAGUAGGUCAGGGCAUUUGAGGUCAGGUUUAAUAUGUUUGUGUAAGAAUUGCUUACAAGGUCCUUUUGGAGGGUGAACUUUAGAAAUGGUUCCAAAAUGACUAGAAAAAAAAAGUUCUUAUCCAAAUGUCAUUUUAAAACCCCAUCAUAUAUUGUCUAAGGAUAAAAUGUAUCACCUUAUUGGCAUAUCUAAAAUUAUUAUUAUUAAAUAACAACAGUAUCAUUCCUCUAAAUGACUUUCAUGAUUUAAAAAAAUGUUCAGUAGAUGUUAUUAGAAAUGAAUUGCAACAUUGACAUAACUUAACAGAGUGUCUAAAUUGCUUAUCUAUGGCUAAAACCAAAAAUAGAUAAAUAUAUGUAAAUUACUUAUCUAUGAAAAUCAAAAUUUUUAUAAAUUAUCAAAAAAUCAAGUUAUAUUUUUACAGUAAAACAAAUAUGUUUCUAUCAUGUCAGUUCGAAGAGGCACUUGAAGACAGGAUGAUACAGGACAGUGGUCCUCAAAGAGUGGUCCUCCAACCAACACUACUAGCAUCACCUGGAGACUUGGCAGAAAUGCAUAUUCUUGGCCUCACCCCAGAUCUAGUAAAUCAGAAAAUUUAGGGGUGGGACCCAGCAAUCAUCUUUUAACAAGCCCUCCCUCACGUGAUCCUUACACACACUAAAAAUUUAAGAAUUACCAAUGUAGAAGAGCAAGCAUAGAUUCUGCAUCAGACCAACUUGGGUUCCAAUACCAGUUUUUUCAUCAAUAGCUGUGUGACCUUGAGCAAGUUAACCUCCCCCAGUCUUUUUCUUGAAUCUCUAAAAAUAAGAUAAUGGUAUCUGUCUCACAGAAGCUUGAGAAAGAAAUGAGAUAAAAUAUAGUAAAGUGCCUGGCAUAUACUAGGUGCUCAAAAAAUGCUGAGUUCCUUGUUUCUCAUCCAGAAACAUGGCAUUAAAACAAUCAGGAGAACAAUUUCCCAAGAUUUAGAUUUUGCACAAUGUGCAACGUCUCCAACAACAUAGCUGUUGCCAAGAUGAAAGUUUUUGAUUCAGAAAAACCUACAUGUAACUAUUGUUUUAUCUCUCUUAAUUGUAUUUUGCACUAUUAGGUUUAUAGCUUUAAAGUAAUACUCUUUACAAUAAUAGUGAGAGUAUCAAUCUCCUUGUUAUAAACAUAUCUACUCUGAAUCGAUGUUAUACAUGCCAAGUAUGUAAAGUAAUCUGUCGAUCAGUACUACUAGAAUGUAUUCUAUAAAGGCUGGCUCACUGUGGAAGUCCUUCUUUAGAUCUAUGAUAUAGUCCUUAGAUGGAUAUCUGAAAAUACAUUUACAAAAUACAAUUUUGAAAGUAUAUAAUUUUCCAUUUUUACAGAAAAUAUAAUUUUACAGUUGCAAUGGUUUUCAGACCCCAGGCCACUCUCUCAUUGCACAGAUAUGUUACACAGUCUUAAACUGGCUAAGCUCUUGUGCGGAACGGUGGAAAUGGCAGGGGACUCAAUGUGGUAAACCUGAAUUCAAAUUCUACCUUCUCCAUUUAUUCUUGGGACAAACCCAGAGUAAGCCCCAGUAUCCAAAAUGAUAAAAAUGGUGUUAGCAUCUAACAUAUCUUGAAGGGGUGUGUUGAGGAUCCUCUGAAAAUAUAAGUAGAAAUGCUUUGUAAACCAUAAAGGACGUUAUUUCUUACAGUAAA